UACCGACUGACGACGUACUUCAGCCGGGCCAGCUCUGUCGAGCGUCGAGUAUUCUGUCGUCGAGUGGAGCUGCCAGCCUUCCAUGCGAACGGCUGCACGUGGUGCGUGUGUCAGAGGAAGUGUGGAGCACCGACCGAACGGCCAAUGACGGCAUGAUCUGUCGCAAGUGGCAGCCCUUCUGCGGCCUGACUGCGCCGAACAAAGCGGUGCUCCUUAUCGCCGCCGUUUCUGGAGCGCUGUCUAUGGCCGGGUCCCUGGCCGCCUUCCUACGGAUCCUGGUGGCCUCCAGUGACAGCCGCAUCAACCCCGACUACCAAGGGUCGGUGAAAGUGAACACAAUGCUAUUCCUGUUUCCUUGUAUAUAUUGCCUCUUGAGGACUUCGACUUGCGUUCUUCUCAUCUGGGGAUCAAAGAUCGAACGUGCCCAGCUCGUGCUUCCCUGGGUAGUUACCGCCAUUGUCGACCUCGUGCUUUGCGUCGUCGGCAUGGUCGUGCUUGGAAUCGCCGCUACGGAGAAUGGUGCCCAGAUCUUUGGAGACGGCUACUCCGAGUGGUUCGCCAGUGGGGCUGGGCUCUGCGCUUUGCUUUUCCUUUUAAUGGUGUACUUCGUGAUCUGCGUGAUGUCGUACUUCGAAGACCUGCUCAAGAAGCCUAACACAAACUUUUUCAAGGGCCCCAGAUGGAACGCAGUAAAACGCGAAUGGGGCCACAAGGAGACCGCGGCGCGCGCUACCGUGAACACUGCCUUCGAGGCAGCCUGAGCCGUGCGGCCUAAACACUGCGGGAAUCUCAAGUGGCGGAGAGACGCAAGCUGCCACGCACCGUCAUCAUCUCUCGACGACCCCCCUCCACAUGGCCCGAGGGGGAAUGUCAUACCCGAUUGCUUAAAAAAUUGUGAAAAAAAAAAAGCAUUUCCAACCUCCA